UUCGUAAUUUUAAACGACCCGCUAACAUAGCUAUUCUCAAAUCCCAAAAUAUAUAAGCAAAUUACACAGUACCCAUUACCUUUGUGAACGAAUUGUCGUCGAACUGUCAAGUUUUGUACGCUGGGAAAGCUUUUGGUAUAAUUACGGUAAGGAAGAUGAGUACAACAGGAGAGAAAGGGUCGGCAACUACGAAAACACCUGCAGAUUUCCUCAAAUCGAUUCGUGGUCGACCAGUUGUCGUGAAACUCAAUUCCGGUGUUGAUUAUAGAGGUAUCCUAGCUUGCCUAGAUGGAUAUAUGAACAUAGCUAUGGAACAAACAGAAGAAUAUGUCAAUGGACAAUUAAAAAACAAAUACGGCGACGCAUUUAUUCGCGGGAAUAACGUACUUUAUAUAAGCACAUCAAAGAGGACAUUAGCUGAUGGUGCAUAGUGUGUUGAAAGUGUCUUUACACUUAAAUUUCAAGGCCAAUGUGCCCUUUUCCUAUUCUAAGUUUUGUAUCUUGAUUUUUAUUACAAAUUGAAGCGACUCUUCUUUUUGCCACAAUGUCAAUUCUCUUCCAAAUGCACUAUCUGUUAAAUUCUACCAUUAAUCCUUUUAUUAUGUGUAAGUUGUGACUUUAGUUUAUAUAUAUUUUAAUUUGGUCA